GAAAUCUGCACUCCAGGUAAAUGCAUCGAAAGCAUCUCAGGGAUUGGUUGAUGUUGACAUGGAGAACUACAACACAACUGAAGACUCUUUGGCGAACUCUCAAGUACCCUCAAUCGAAGACGAUGAUCAGACAAGCAACCAAGGCUCUUCAUGUCAGCAGGAAGUUAUGAAGGACGAGAGUGCAGCACUUCCUUCUAAUGAGAUCAACGCAGUUGUGUCUCAGGGAUCGGCUGAUUUUGAUGUGGAGAACUACGACACAACUGGGGACUCUUUGGCAAACUCUCAGGUACCAUCAAUCGGAGACGAUGAUGAGACAGCCAACAAAGGCUCUUCAUGUCAACAGGAAGUUAUGAAGCAGGAGAGCGCAGCAGUUCCUUCCAAUAAGAUCAACGCAGGUGUGCCUGAUCAAGAUUCAAACUCUUUUUAUUUACGGAAUAUAUCCAUGGCGGUAAAGAAUCGGGUGCGCAGUUUCGUUCUAAAUCUGGUGAAUACAACCUCAUCGCAGUUGGAUACCUCCAGCCACCUGAAUCAACCCGAGCUAACUACGAGUGAGUCUGUGGAGGCUGGUCCAGGUCCAGUGAACGAAGAUUCUUCCAGUUACACGAAGGUUUUAAUGCUAUCAUUAAAGGGAAUGGAUUCAUCGGAGUCAACGGAGAUGUCUUCAGGUGCAUCCAAAGAGUGCGCUUCUCCCGUAUGGGAGAUAAAUGAGGUAGGAUACCCUCCAUCGCUCACUGCGCAGAGUUCUGUUAAUCAUUCCCGGAGUGCCCCAUCGAUAUCUGGAGGAUCCAUACAUAUUGAUUUUGAAACAACCUGUGAUACAGAAGCAACAGGCGAACCUUCCGCACCAUCCUCAGGUGGAUCGAUGAAAACUGAUUUGGAUACCGCCGAUAAGUCAUCCUUCAGCUACAACGCAGGGGCGUCCCUCAAAAAGGAAAGUUAUGUCUUCGGUAUACCAGCAAUAUCCUUAGAUGUUGAUGCAAAUCAAGUCAUAACGAAAUCCUCCAGGAUUGUUGACUUUUUGAUCGGAGAAUCGCCAUCCCUAAAUGGUGCCAAAGAACAGGGGCCAACUUGGGACUCCCUCGGUGACUCAAGAGUGUCGUCGAUUAUCGAAUUUGUUGUUGUGGACGAUGACCAGUCAACACCGAUUUUAGGAAAUCCAACAAUGCAGCAGAUGGAUUUGGUCAGAGUGCAACACCAAAAUCUUAUGACCGUCAAUACUGGGGUUAAGCGCGAUAAUCAGGGGCCCCUUUCGAUGGAAGAACUUUUAAAGGAGUACGCAGGUGUGUUUCAAGGCACUGGAAAAUUGAAGGCGCGGUACAAGCUGGAAAUUGAAGAGAAUGCUAGGCCAGUGGUCCAUCCUCCCAGAAGAGUACCAGGCACGCUCAAGGGAAAGCUGAAACGAGAGUUGGAGCGGUUGCAGAGUCUCGGGAUCACAGAGAAAGUCAUAGAGCCUACCCCUUGGAGAAAGCGUAUACUGGCCAGGAAUGAGCGGUGA